UAUAUGUAUCUAUAUUAUUUAUAUAGAUAUAUACAUACAUAAAUACGUACUGCAAUCCGGGCCAGGCUGAGCACUUGUUGACGAGCAUGCAACUCCCUAGAGGCAGUUGGUAGAUCAGAAGCAGUCAUUCAAUUAAUUGCCAUGGCCGAUGACAAGAAGACCGACCCGAAUGACCAAUCCAGACCAUUGAGGAACACAGAGACGGCCGCGGAAAAGCCGGAGAAUGCUGCCACAAGCUAUGGGCUCGAGGGUCAUGAGGCGACCGCUCUGGAUCCGCGGGUGCACGAGCUGAAGAACCAACGCUCCCAGCAUAGGCGUGUGUCAAUGCCAGCAGGCAAAACGACAACCCCAAAGGGAGUCUCUGCAACCCCGAGCCAACAUAAGGUGGAACGAGUUCAACAAGUCCCCAACAAUGAAUCAGCGUCGCCCGAAAAGCCUCCAGUGGAUGAUGUGGAGCGAGUUCAGCACAUCUCCGUCUUUAAUACUCCCACGCCGGAAAAGUCGACGGUGGACACGAAUCAAGUCCCUGCCGCGCCUGUUAAGCCGGCUGAGGAGCCGGUAGGAAAGACGUCGCCAACACGACUACAAGAGGAAGCAUCUCGAGUCGAAGCAGCUCACGAGACGCCUCAAACGAUCACCGUUUACAAUCCACCUCCAGUCCAAGCUGUGGCGCACAAAUGCCCCAAAGAAAAGAGCGAGGGAGUAACCAAGACUUGCAAUACGGAUAUUACYUUCGAUCCAUCGAAGCAGUAUGCAUCAAAGACAACAAACACCUCGGGCCUGCUCUAUGARAACACACCAUCCCAACCACCACCACCACCACCAGCAGCWCCAUCACCACCACCACCAGCUCCAAUAGCAGCACCAGCAAUAGUACCAUUCGUGGGAGGCUCGUCAGCUCAGAAGAAGUCUAAGCAGGAAAUGGAUGAAAUGUAUGAAUUGGCUGUUUCGUUAGUCAGGAAGGCGGGUGCCAUUGCCUUGUCGGCCAGUAAGGCGCGGACUGGGGGUGGCAAUAAGGACAAUGAAAGGAAUACCAUCGCGCAAACAUCCAGCGAUAUUGAGGAAAGGAUAACCAAAGGAAUUAAAGAUGCUUAUCCAGAGCACAAGAUCAUCAGUGCGGGAGUGGUAGCUAGGUCGUCUUCCCAGAAAGUGAUGCUCACCAAUGAGCUGACGUGGGUCAUCAACCCAAUUGACGGUGUCAUGAACCACGCUCAUGGCUUUCCCUACUACUGCAUCACCCUUGCGCUGAUUAUGAAUAAGGAAACGGCCUUUGGCAUUGUAUAUAAUCCGGCCUUAGGCGAGUUUUAUGCGGCGCGCCAUGGCGAAGGUACUCAACUCAAUGAUAUGCCAAUCCGAGUCAGCGGCCAGGAUAAAGUCAACAGUGCGCUGGUGCUCCAGGAGUACAACUCUGAUAUGAGCGAAAACCGAACCUCAGGAGCCAUGGAAAAUGCCAAGCGGCUUAUCAGGAAGACACAAGCGUUGCGCACCAUUGGGUCUUCGGGCGUGGGCAUGGCAAUGGUCGCUUCUGGKGCCUCAGAUGCCUUUUACUUUUUUGGCCUUCACGUCUGGGAUAUGGUUGCUGGAAGUAUCUUGAUCACAGAGGCAGGCGGCUCGGUAAUAGAUCCGGCUGGCGGUUCAAUUGAUAUUAUGUCACGUCGCGUUCUAGGAGCUUCCAGCAGGCCACUAGCAAUGGCACUAUCUGUCGAACUAGUACAGGAUUAUCCGACACCAAGAGACGAUGAGUCACUGGCCUCGCAACCCCUAACAAGGGAUUUUAGUGCACAGACAGAAUUUUCCGACUCAAGUGAUGAGUUAGAAUCAGAUGGUUCUAGGGCGACAGCAUACCAUAAUGCUCAGUAAUCGAAAUCCUUAAUAAUUUAUUUCAUCAAAAUUCAUGUAAUCAAGUAAAUAUUGCAGAACGGAAAA